AUGAUAUUAUGUCUUCAAACAUUGAUCAGUUGUCUUACUUCAACAAUUGGACAAUAUAUAUAUGGAUUUUAUUUAGAAACAUAUCCAAAUUCAUCAAAUAAAACAUCUAAUUAUACAAUAAUACAUGUAUAUGAUUCUAUCUAUUUUUUCAAUGAGAUUAAUAAUGAGACAAAUAAAUGUUUACAAAGUGAUAUUUCACCUAAUAAAGAUGCUCAAACAUGGGCACAACAACGUUCAGCUAAUCUAUUUUUUUGGACAAAUUUAAUGAGUAGUUUUCCGGUUAUAAUAAUGACUUAUAUUUUUGGUUUAUAUACACCUAAAUUAGGAAAACGUAUUGUACUUAUCAUACCUAUGUUAGGUACGACUAUUCAAGUUAGUAUUUGGUUAUCAAUUAUUUAUUUUCAUUUAUCUGAAUUUUGGUGGUAUAUAGCUGCAUUCAUAAUUGGUUUAUCUGGUUCCGGUGGUCUUUCAGGUUUAAUUUUAAAUUUAAUUAUUACUGAAAAUACAUUUGAAAAUGAACGUUCAUCUCGUUUUGUACGUUUGGGUGCAAUGCAAACAGCAUUAACAGCAAUAGGAACAUUUAGUAUUGGUUAUUAUAUACUUUGGCGUGGUUUUAUUGAUCUAUAUUGGACAUGUCUUUCAUUACAAAUAUUAUCUAUUAUUAUUGUUAUAAUAUUUUUUAAAAGAGUUGAUACAAAUGUUGAUGAACAAACACCUUUAUUAUCAACAAAUAAUAAUGAAUAUAAAGAAAUUUCAUCAAAUAUAUGUAGCCAUUUUUUUAAAGUUUGUACAAUAUUUAAAUCAAAUCAACGAUCAAAGAAAAAAACUCUAUGUUUAUAUUUAACAUUAUUUUCAAAUACAUUUUAUGUAUUAGCAGUAACAUCAUUAUCACCAUUUUUAUGGUUUCUUCUAAAUGUACCUUUUUGUUGGACAUCAAAAGAUAUUGGAAAAUAUUCAGCAUUAGGUGCUAUUUCUUCUUCAAUACUUAGUGUAAUUGGUAUGCAACUAUUAACAUAUAUUGGAGCUAAUGAUGCAAUUAUAUGUGCAAUAAGUCAUAUAUUUUUUUGUUUAACAUCAUUAUGGAAUGCAUUUGCACAAUAUGGAUGGCAACUAUAUAUUGGAUUAUUAAUAAAUGGAUUUUCUGGUUAUCAAAGUUCAUUAACAAUAUCAAUGAUGUCAAAAUGGUUAGAAUUUCAUGAACGAAAUAAUGCAUUUAUAUUGAUAACAGAAAUAAAUACCAUUAUAUGUACAUUUGGAAGUUCAUUUUUCAAUUGGAUUUAUGCACAUACAGUUGUUAAUCAUCGAAAUUUGAUAUUGUUUAUUGCUGCUAGUCUUGGAGUUAUUCCAUUUAUUUUAAAUAUAUGUCUUUUUUUAAUAAUUCGAAAAAUGUCAAACGAACAAGUACUUUCACCUUCACAAGUUGAUACAGAACCAGUACCAUUUCGUUUAGAAAGUAGCACAUUACCACAUACGGGUGAUGCAACCUGUUUAAUAAUUGCAUCUCGAUCAUUGACUUCUUCAUUACGUAUGCCAUCAAUAGAAAGAUCUCGAACUAAUUCUGAUGAUGACAAUCAAACGGAAUCAAUAAUCAAUUCAUCAAUUAAUGAUUUAGCUAUUAUUUUAUGUCUUCAAACAGCAUGUCAUUGUGUUAUUUUAACUGUUGGACAAUAUAUUUAUGCAUAUUAUUUACAAACAUAUCCAUCAACAUCAAAUACAACUCAAAAUUUUACUAAAAUAAUAAUGCCUUCAUUUCAUCAUUUAAAAAUUGUUAACACUGCCUUGACACAAUGUAUAGAUAAUACAACUAGUAAUUCUUCAAAUAGUAAUGCUCAAAUAUGGGCACAAGAACAAUCAGCUGAUUUAUUCUUUCGAAUUGAUUUAUGGAAUAGUUGUCCAAUGAUUAUUAUGACUUAUAUUCUUGGAUUAUAUACUCCAAAAUUAGGUCGAAGAUUUGUUCUUAUAAUAUCUAUGUUAGGUACUACUAGUCAAUUAAUUAUCUGGUUAGCAAUUAUUUAUUUAAAUUUAGCUGAUUAUUGGUGGUAUAUAGCUAGUUUUAUUGUUGGUUUAUCUGGUUCUACUUUUGUUUUGAAUUUUGUACUAAAUUUAAUUAUUACCGAUAAUACAAACGAAGAUAAUCGAUCAUGUUGUUUUGUUUUAUUUGAAGCAUUAACAACAACUGUAUCAGCUGUAGUUACAUUUGCUAUUGGUUAUUAUAUUAAUUGGCGUGGUUUUACAGAUCUUUAUUGGAUUUCAUUAGGAUUACAAGUUGUUUCAAUUAUAAUUGUUAUUUUCUUUUUUAAAAAUACUUCUCAUAUAAUCGAUGAAAGAACUUGUCUAUUAUCAUCAUCGAUUCAAAAUAAUAAUGAUAAUCAACUUAAAGAAACACGUUCGUUAAGAACGACAUGUAAAGAUUGUUUAAUUAUUUUCAAAAUAUUUAGUUUUAAAAAUCGUUCACAUAAAAAAUCAAUUAGUCUUCUAUUAAUUCUAUUCGCUUAUAUUUUUUAUCUAUUAGCAUAUUCAACAUAUGCAUCAUUUCUUUGGUAUUUACUUGAUAGUCCAUUCUGUUGGUCAUCAGAAAAUGUUGGAAAUUAUAUGGCAUUAUCUUCAAUAUCUUGUGCUAUUUUUAGUUUACUUGGAAUGAAAUUCUUUACAUAUAUUGGUGGUAAUGAUACAAUCAUUUGUAUAUUUAGUCAUUUUUGUUUUACUAUAUCAUCUCUUUGGAUCGCAUUUGCUCAACAUAGUUGGCAAUUAUAUGCUGGAUUAUUAAUCAGUCCUUAUGCCGAUUAUCAAAAUUCUUUAACGAUACCAAUGAUGUCAAAAUUAUUAGAAGUUCAUGAACGAAAUCAUGCAUUUAUAUUUGUAGCUGAAGUAACUACAAUUAUAACAACUUUUGGAGAUUCAAUUUUUAAUUGGAUUUAUGCACAAACUGUAGUUAAUUUUCAAAAUUUUACUUUAUUACUUGCUGUUGGAUUUAGUAUUAUUUCAUUUAUUUUAAAUAUAUGUCUACUUGGUGUAACACGACAAAUACCAAAUGAAGAACAAGUUUCAAUAUCUGAAUCAGAACCAUUUCUUUUACCAAUUAGUAAUAACAAUGAUAAUAAUAUAGCACAUGCCGGUGAUGUUAUUUGUCGAUCAAUACUAUAUUCAACAUUGGUUUCAGCGACAACAAAAACAAAUAGAUCUCGACGGAACUCAGAAUCAUUAACUGACAACAAGAUAAUAACAACAGAUAAUCAUUUAAGUCUUUGA